ACGGAUGUUUGUUGCGUGAGUGCCGGUAUGAAGUAUUACAACUGUAUGUAGUGUUGUUAUUCUCUUUCGGAGAAUAAUAAGGUUAUGAGAUAUGGACGAAAGUUUGAAUAAAAUACCCGUCAUUUCGGGACCGUAUAGGGCAACAAAACUAUGGAAUGCAGCAGUCCGGGCAUUUCACUCGGGCAUGCCGCUGUCACGGCACCGCAGAGGUUUGCGUAUCUAUGAUGAUUGCUUCUCUGGGUCUGAGGCUGUUGCCUGGCUUCAAAAUCACCUCCGCCACAACCCCAACUUCUCCAACUCAGUCUCCCGUGAACAAACUACUGCACUGCUCAAAAAGUUCAUCAAGUGUGGGCUGCUGGAAGAUGCUGUUAGUGGAGACAGAGGAUACUCUUUACAGUUCAGAGACAGAGGUCUUUAUAGAUUCAGUGGCAUGUCUCCACUGAAGGCCUUGAGAACUCCUGGACGCUCAAGCUCCUCGGAGCUGAGAGCCUCCACCAGGCGUCUCCGUGCUGAACAGAACACCUUUGCAUCUCCCCCUCUUGCUGAUAAUAAGGUCUGCAAGACUGAAAAGAGUCUGUCAAAAUGUGACAACCCUCAGGGUGUUGACGGUGAGGAUUUGGAAAGACCUGCAUCAUUUCAGCCAUCAAAAUUCAACGAAAGUGACCAUGUGGACAAAGCACUGAACAUUCUUGGGGUCAGCAAGAAAACUUACGAUCAGUACAAGAUGAUAGAUAAAGAGAAUUGCAUUGAUCAUGGACCAAAGCUGAAGGAAAACAAGUCCAGGUUAAUGUCAUUCAAGUCUUCAAAGCGGCAUGCGCUGCAGCCCAUUGAAAAUACAACUAAUAAUUACAUAACUCAGAGAAAUGAACUAGUGUUGAACACAGCCAUUAUUGGUAAUCAUAAAACCCCAGCUAAUGUGUAUGUCCCUCUGUCUGAAGUGCGCAAGAAUUUCUGCAAUGAAGACAAAAUGCUGCCGGUAAAACUUUCUGCAGAUAUUUGUCCAAGAGAUGAACGAACUAGUUCAAAAGAAAAUGUGCCAUCUAUCUCUAGUUCUGAGUCCAUUAACAACGCAGUUAAUACACUUACUGAAGUGUCUCGUAAUGAUAAGGAUGAGAAAGAUAAGUAUUCACGUUUGAUUUCGGGCUUUUCUACGAUGGAUCCAUCGUCUAGGACUCGAGCUAAAUCAUUUCUGCAUAAACAAUCUCGUGGCUCGAAGUAUUCAAGUCUCAUCCCUAAAUUUGGUGAAUCGGGCAAGACGGGGAAUUCUCUGUAUUCUUCAUCCAAGACAAUAUCUCCCAAGUUACUGCACUCAGUCUUGUCAUCUAACACACAAACUGCUAAUCUGCCUAAUUUCUCUUCAAAAAACACAUUCAAAGCUGCUAACUUGAAUGAGAAAUCUGUCAGAAAUGCUUUUGUAGCACAUUCUGAUAUCAAAAACAUUCAGGAAAAUCAAACCAUCAGCAAAAGCUCAACCCAGAAGUUCACCACUGCAGUUCGUGAGGAGGAACAAAGCAGUCACAAGUUCAGCAAUGCAGUUGGUGAUAGUGACACGUUACAGCCUGGAUCGCAGCUGGCAAGCAAGGCAUCUGUUAGCCCUGAAACGGAGCAACGAAUUUACGUCGAGGCGUGGCUCGAAAUCAUGGAGAAGCUGAUGUAUGGAUGUCCCUUGUCGCUGCCCCGCCUGCUGGUGCACGGCAUGACGCUGCGCCACAACCAGCAGCAGGUCUCUCGUAGGGGCGUGGUGCUCGUCCCUGCUGAGCACCCUGACGACCUCCCCACCUGGGUGCUGGCUGCUAUGAGGUUCCUUGCUCACUGGCCGUCGUCGUGCUCGGAGCAGUCAAUGGAGGGGUGCAGUGUGCCCAACUACCCCGGGGUGGAGGUCGAUGUCUACAGGAUGAUCAAGGAUUACUUCACUCAUCAGCCGUUACCUGUGAUCCCUACUCCCUUGGCGACGGCCCUACUGGAGAUCAUCACCGCCAUGGAGUUUCUGGACAUUAGCUUCAGGGAUCCUCGUGAGAGAUUCUCCCUUCGCCGACAGCACCAACUGGCUGUUGGUAGCACCGAGGAUCAAAUCUCCUACACUGACGAUCUCCUAGCAUCUGAUGAAAGUCUAAGACCAAAAAGAGUGUCUGGCACCUCUAAUGCAGGUCAAGUUAAUCGUUUAGGAGACGGCGCAGUGAGUGUCUUUGCUACUCUUCCGCGGUCCACUGGGAAGACAUUUACAAAAGAAAGAGAAAUCGCUGACAAACUUGAAAAGCGAGACUCAGUGGAGGACCUCAUGUUGAACAUGAGCAUUGGCGGGAUUAAUCAAUACCAGGACUGUGAGUACACGGAUUUCGAAACGGAUGCUCUACUCAGCUGUGGCGAUACAGAAACCAAACCUGAAAUAGGGCCAAGGUUCUUGAAUGCCAGCUAUGAUAAGGCUUGCAACCACUCCCCCACAUCACGCUCAAAACUCCCUGCUGCUCUUGAUCCUGUGUGGUGCACUGAACGAGAGUCGGAAGCACCAUCUACCAAUUUGGUGCAUGAAAGCAAUAUUCUCAGCCAACAAGAUACUCGAACUGAAAGUCGCAAGUUUGAGGCUAAUCAUAUUGUUGAUUCUGAAGGUCCGUUACAUGUUCCCAGUCAUUCAUCUCGUUCACCUUCUGAUGUGAAUUACAACCUGAAAGAGCUUUCAUCAACCAAUAUAAGUCACAUUGAACGCUUCACUUACAAGAACAGCAAUGAUGAAUAUGUGAGUGGUGACGACGUGAGAAGACGCAAGAACAAAAGGCGCUUUUUCUCUAAGCUCUCAAAGAAGAAAGAUUUUCCUGACAGGUGUGGAGAGCCUGAUUUGCGUCGUUUCUCUAUUUACGAGUCUUUACAUUCACUCCCAGGAGAUGAGAAUGUACAUAAAGAAAUAGAUUCCCCCGUAUUUGAAGCGGGACCAGGUUCUGGAAACAGUGGCAACUGCGAAUCGCGCAAACGUUCAUACUCUGCACGAUUUUCUGUACAGCAAGCAGGAAAGAUGAAUAGCAAUGGAAAUAGGGCCAUAUAUUUGCCUUCUCAAGACAAUAACGCUGCAAGAGUAAAUUAUAGCAGUUUUCAAAGUGCAGGUGAUCUACAGGCUUGUAAACAUUUGUCAGUGUCGCAGCAAGAGUUGGUUGUGCAUCCAGAGCGAAUUGAUAGUGUUGAGUUGCCUCCAAACUCUUGUUUUGAGACAGCAUUUACUUCUGACAGUCCUAAAACGCGCAUCAUUCCACAAAAGUCUGUGGAUACUCUGCACCUGGCACAACUGAAAAGUAGAUGGCGUGGAGGUUUUAGUACUUCAGCAACUAGACCCAAGAGCAUAGCUGUCAUUCCCAAUGACGAGUUUGUCCUUAAUUCUCUACAUCUCGGACAGUCUGCCUUCGGUAGUGUUUCUUGCAACAAUAGUCCAUUGUAUCUGUUGUCCCAUAGAACCUCUUUUGACAUUCCAUCCAAAGCAAGAUCACCUGAUGAUCACCAGCAGGACUUGCCUAAACAACGUGACCAUUGCUUCAAGGCCCCGCCUCCUCCCCCUCGCCGCAAGUAUCAGUUGAUGAUGAUGCAUGAUGCGUCAUUCGGGAAGUCUCACUCGACUGGCGAUUUGAAUUCUGCUCAGGAAUGGCUAGCUGAACGGAGACUGCAGCGCUAUGACAGUCGCGGUGAAAGCUGCUUCAGUGUUGACUCGGAAAAAAGUGACUUUAGUGUUUCCACCCUUACAGAUGGCCGCUGUAGCAGCAGCUCUGGUCUCCCCAAGAGCAGAAGUCUUGUGCAUAAAGUGCGAGACUCACUUCGACGAAAGAAAGCCAAAAUCAAGGAAGGUGCUCGUUUGAAAAAGAAUGCAAAGGAUUUUGUUACAUUGCCAUCGAGUCAAAUGAAUCUGAGCCCCAAACAAACGCCCUUGGACGCCUCGUCACCAAACUACUCAACUAAUGCUUUGUGCAAAGGCAUGAUCCAUGAUAACUCUUCAUCAGAGGUCCACGUUGCUCGAGUUGUCUCGUCUGACCGAGGCUACUUAGUGCAUCAACAGAAUGUUGAUACGUUGCGUCGCCUGAGAGCUUCGUCUGGAGGAUUUAACAAUCCUGCUCUUGUCGAAACUCCCGGUGCUCGACUUGUGCAGCGUACGAAAUCUGGCGGUUUUGUGAAUUUAGGUCUCGCGUCUCCGUCAGUCGAGGAAAUCUUGAGCCUGUCUUCUGGUCGAGACUCGGCACUCCCUCCUUCAGCUGAAUCUCCGUUCAGUCCAUCUGACUGGAGCGACUCUUUCUCCAUUGGGUCAGCAUGUGCAUCUUCUUCCACUGAAGGUCCUGGUCCUUCUAAAUUAAUUCCAACUGAUGAAGCACAGGAAGGUCGAUUGCAAAGAGUCAUAAUGCCUCGACCAUAUCUUUCUCCUUUCACUGGAUGGUCAUCAGAAUCAACUGUGAAUUACUGCACCAACCUCUCGACACAUUAUGCAUCUAAUCACCAGCUCACGCAGCAAACUACAAAUAAUAAGAAAAAUAACUCAGCAAGUGACUCUAUUUCUCCUCACGAUGGUAGAAGUAGUCACAGAAGUGCCUAUCUCCAAACUUCUCUAGCGUCCACCCCAUUACCGCCCACACAGCGGCUGGAGUCCCGGUCCAAUUCCCUAUCAAGUUUGUACACUACAGCCCUGACAUGUUACGAUGAGUCAGAUCCUCACCCACUGACUGCAACUCAUCUUAUUGAUGGCACGCUUACUCAAUAUUCUUCCCUCAAAGGUGCUGAUGCGGGUGGGUCUGACUGCAAUCAAGAAUGCCCUCUGCCAUCAAAAACAUCCGCUCACAAAAUGCAUUCCUCGGUUGGAAGCGAAGAAAUUACACAGCAAGAAAUAUGCAACACAGCUUUUGUUCAUCACUCCUCUGAAACUUCAAGUGACAGUUUGGAUGAUCAUUGCAAGACCUCAAAUAUCGAAACAUCCCUGGAACCUGAUCCUUCUCCAUCAAUCACUGAUGUCCCCUCCAAUAAUCGUGCAGGUACCGACACAACAGCAGUCGAUGUACCCGCGAGGGGCCGCGACCCCGACUGGCUGGAGGCCCCUCGCGUGUACACGCCUGAGGGCCGCGACCGUCUGCUGGUGUGCGUGCAGCUGCUGUUGUUGCUCCUGCAGCCUGUAGCGCGCCGGCGCCUGCACCUGCUGCUGCGCCUCCUGUACAAGAUGAGCAACAACAAGCAGCUGCAGCUGAGCCAAGCACCUGCUCUCGUUGCGCCAGGUGGUGCGUUGAUGAGCACACGGCAGGUGGUGAUGAACGACUUCAGCUGGUGCGUGUUGCGUGGUGGUGACGCCAGAUGGCGCCGCCUCAUCACUCUCCUUGUAGACCAGCACCACACUCUGCUGUCGCCCUCACCACACCUCGCUAGGGCUGUCACUGACAACCUUGCUCAGGACGCCCAGCCUCCCAGUGACGACGGCGCGACCGUUGCCUGUUCUCCUCACCGCGCCAGCGUCUCCGCAAGGUCCUGGUCGACAACGGCCAAGAAUCUUGAUCAACAAUCUUGCGUUUAUGUUGCUGAAACGUCUAUUGCUGUGAAUGAUAGCAAAGGUUCAUUGGUGAACCAAAGGAGACCCAACUAUGAUUCGGCAAAAAACUUGAUAAAAGAUUGCCAUGCUUUUACGCAGUGUAAAAAUCCCAAGACCAAUAACACGGAAACCAAUGUGAAGAAGGUUGAUAUAAAAGAAAUCAGUGUUGCUUCUAAUGCUGUUACUCCUGCAUGUGAAGUUUGCCCUACGGAUGUUGAGCAAAGAGAACACAAUAAUUCUAAAGAUGAGCUUGUUAACCGUGAUUGUUCAAUCGCGAUGAAAAGAGUUGAUGAACCUACCAUUAGCAAAAAAAGAUUGGGUAGUUACAGUCGUUUGCAAGCUGAACUACCUGCCCGCGAAAAUAUCGAGUCCGCUGCCAAUGAACAACAAACGAUUCAUCAUCAACUUAACAUGCCCUACAAUCGGCAAUCGAAAGAGUGUGUCCCCAUUAGUUGUCAGGCAAGCUUAACGGCGGUCGAUGUAAAUUCUGCUAAACGACCUGGCGGUACUGGAACUGGUAUAACAAAGCCAGAAAUUGCUGAAGGUGAAUGUUUAAUCACCUUUGAAGCGAUAGAUAAUAAUCAUGCUGAAUUAGAUACGGGUGUUGAUGCUUCACAGUGUUUCUACUAUGAUGCACUUGAUGAAAGUCCUGAAGCUUCUGAUAGCUCUUGCCACAAAGUUCACGGUCGUGAGAAGUGCACGGUUUCUAAAAACUUUCAUUGCAACACUUCAGUUGGGUGUCAUCGCAAUUCUGCUAGUUGCAAUAAUCUAAAUGCUUCAAACAUGUGUCAUCGCAAUCGCUGCAAUCACAAUGAUACCUCCUGUUGCAUUCAUCGCAAUACUCAAUGUUACAGUAAUUGCAGUAGUUCAAGUUGUAAGCACGGCCGAAGUUUUACUUGCCGUAAGACUAACUGCAACAGGAGCUAUAAUAGCCACUGCCAUUACGCUGACCAAUAUGAACGCAGUGUUUCUCCAGCUUCAUUCCACGACUAUGAUGCUAAUAACGUGAAUAAUAUCAACACAUUUCAAGCCACGAGAAAAAGAGAUCAAGUAACUGAUACUCGAACUAAAUAUGACUCUCUACACCAUUUGGUCUCUCCUGUGAAUUCGGGCAGAAGAACUACUGCAAAUAAAUUCAUCACUUCUUUGAACCACGUUAGUGGCGAAAGACUCUCUCUUCACUCUGGUGUACCUCGACGAUGCUCGUGCCAAGAAAUUUACCGUUCUGACUAUGAAGAUGAAGGGCUUUGUGAGCGCAGGGAAAUGGAAAAGACUCUGAAUAGUCUCUGUAAAGGGACGUCUCUCCUAUCUAUACCGAAGCACAUGGCAGGUGCUGCACACAGUAAUCGGAGCAAGACAGUUCUCCCUCGGCUUGACUGCGAAUCUCAAACCGAAAGUGAGGAACGAUCUAUCCGAUGUCUCCAGACAGGCACACGGAGAUCAGCUUUCUUGGACGAUCACUUGACAAUCGAUGGCGCGUGCCACUCGCCACGUGCGAGAAGAAACGUCGAGAGUCUGGCCACUUUGCCUCGCCGUAAAGAAAUGACGAAAUAUUGUGACAGGGCAAGUAAGGGUUACAUGUAUGCUGGAGUUCCUAGUUAUUGUGUGCAGGUGGACGCAGCUGAGUGGCAACGACAGAGAUCAAUGCAGGAACAGGGACAUCAUCUCCUACAGUUGCUGCUGCAAAUCAUCAAUGACCGUAAACUAUCGCUGGCUGACAAGAGGGAAAAGAUUUCUCAGUUUGCCGGACUGUACCCAACAAUAUACGUUGAAAACGUUUCUGUAGUGCCGGAAGAACUGCGCUGUGCCACUGCCUCGCCCACGGCAAACAAGAAAAAAAGCGGGCGAGCUCUACGAAGCCUGCUGCGCCUUUCGUCUUGGUCGCAUCUCACGAAGCAGAAGACCAACUCCAGGCUCUAAACUUGUUAAUUCCGACUCCUCAAAAUUGAUGUGAUUCCGAUUUUUGAUGUCUAAUUUUCGUUGAUCGGAAGCACUGCUUUCAGUACUGUGUAGUUUUUGCUCGUUUUUUAAUAUGACUAUAGUUCUUUGUUUGGUUUGACUGUACUUAACGAAGUUGAAAGAGCUUGUUGAUGAGGUAUCAUGUAUUUUGGUUACAUACAAACGAGUUGUUUUAAUUAUCAAUAAGCAUGUUGCAAGCAGUGUUAUUUAACAACGCAUAAGGCACUAUGACUUGAAUUUUAGCCCUUAAUCUAUAAUUCUAUUUUAUCCCAUCUCUUCUGUGUCUGUCAGUUCAUAUUUUGAUGACGUCAAUUAAUGGAUUUAAUUGAUGACAAAAUUAUGAUUAUUAAUCAUUGGAAAGUAAGUUUAGUAUAUAAAUUUUAAGGGUUUGUAUUUCACUCCAUUUUUUUAAAUUAAAAUGUGGGAAAUUAAGUUGUACCCAAUCAUCGCGGAGACAUUAUCAAACUGAUGACUCUAUGGUGCCUCUUAUGUAUCGGCCCUUAGUCGAUUUUCAGCAUGAAAUUUGGAGGCUGAUCCUGGAUUUCCAUUUGAGAAUAUUUGAUUAGCGUACCCUCGAACAAUCGCACUCUUAAUUUUCUUUCUUAUACGGCUUCUCAUACUCGCUACUUAUAUUCUUCUCGAAUAAUUAUUUACUUCGCCAUUCUCGAUCAUUAUUUGAAGCACCUAUUUUAUUGCCCUUUUAAUUACGAUUGACGAUACUUAAAAUUAUCUGAAUGUAUUGACCUUGAAUUGUCUAGUUUUUAUAUAUUUUCUGUCUUCGGGAACUUCUCAUACUUACACUCGUCUGAAUUCAGCAGUUUGUAACAGCUAUGUAUCGCUUAGAAUUAAUUUCUGUACAAUUAAUUACUGCGACAUUUCGAACAUAAUUUAAAGCACUUAUUUAGUAACUUCUUAGGAUUUUUCUCCAAUUCACUGUGCCAAUAACUAAUGAUAGGAUUAUGAUUUAUUUUGGUUCUCUAUACAGACGUACGGAGAGAUAGAAAUAAGUAUUUUUAAUAACCUUGAUCCAAUUUGUGAACACAUUCCAUUGCUUGUGCAAUGAAAGAGUAGAGUUGUUAUUUCAGCACAAUUUAGUUAGAAUGUAAUCUAAAUGAAACGUUCAAUUCAAUGAAGACUGCGUAGCUAAUCCUUUCACAGAAACUGGAACUGCCAUUUCAACGGCGACUUUUAGUUAUAAAUUUUUCAGGAUGGCGAUAAGCUAAUUAUAGUCUUUAUAAUCAAGUGAUCUUAUCUUUCAAUCCAUUUACAACCUUACGUCCUCGACGGCUAGCGCUGCACACAAGCGACAGUACAGAAUGUUCACAGUUUGCGUGGAUUUGAACCCGCAGCCUGUAACUAUAAAGUCGCCGCGCUUUACCACUGAAUCAAACCAACGCUGACUUUGGUUCAAUUUCGUUUACAUCUUUCUCUCAAUCUGCAGAUGUUUGUGUUUUUUUUUUUCUUUUCCAGGACUAGCGCAUUCUUUAAUCUGUCUUCGUAACGAGUGAGAUUUUCCCCAUCUUAUCAUGGGUUUAUACGCCUGUCUCAUAUUGUCGAUCCUAGUUAAAUUUUAAACAUGAUUGACUAUUUUACCAAUAUUUUUAAUUGUGCUUGAAAAUGGCAACAUACUUCAUUUCUAAGAUAAACCUCAUGUUUUGA